AUGAAUGAAACACAAAUAUCUCAAGAUUCGGUUUCUUCUGAAGAAACUAUCAGCAUAAAUGGUGAUAUUCAAUUUGACAAUGUCAAUUUUGCCUAUCCAGCUCGAUCGGGUGUCUUAGUCCUACGAAAUCUCACAUUGACGAUUCGUGCUGGUGAGACAACAGCUUUAGUCGGUUCAAGUGGUUCUGGAAAGAGCACCUGUGUUUCACUUCUACUUCGUUUUUAUGAACCUUUAUCGGGCUGCAUUACAAUUAAUGAUCGAUCGAUCACCGAUUAUGAGUUCAAAUCACUCCGACAAAAGAUUGGUGUUGUUAGUCAAGAACCUGUUCUCUUUGCCACAAGCAUCUAUGAAAAUAUUCGCUUUGGUAAAGAAAAUGCAACAAGAGCCGAAAUUGAAGAAGCAGCACGUCAAGCCAGUGCACACGAUUUCAUUAUGCAAUUACCGAAUAAAUAUGACACAGUUGUCGGUGAACGUGGUGUUCAGUUGAGUGGUGGUGAAAAGCAACGUGUGGCUUUAGCUCGUGCUCUUGUCAAACAGCCUGCCUUGCUUUUGCUGGAUGAAGCAACAAGUGCUCUUGAUAAUACCAAUGAAAAGAUUGUCCAAGAAGCACUCGAUCAAGCAUGCACAGAUCUUCCUAAUCAUCUAUCUGAUAUUCAACGUACAUUUAUUCGUCUUCGUUUUCAUGAUAUCGAUGAUUUAAUGAAAGCUUGUAAAGAAUUACAACCAAUUGUUAAACGUAAUAUUGAACGUGAAAAAGAACAACAAUCUCGUCCUGAAUUAGCUCUAUUAAAACGAGCGACAUCAUCAAAUCCAAGUAGUGAUCUUAUUGUUGAUGGUCUUUCAAAUGCAAAUGUUGCUGAAAAACAAAGUGAUGAUAUUAUUGAAUUACGUGAAUUUGAUGUACCAUAUCAUAUUCGAGUUCGUAUUGAUUUAAAAAUAGAUGUUGGCCUUUGGUAUAGUGUUCGUGGUCAAUCAACUAGGCGAACCACAAAAUCAACUUGUAUUAAAACCAGAUUUAAUCGAACAACCAGAACCAAUUAUUUUUGCAUUUGA